AUGGCAGUUGGGCAUGCAAUUUCAACUUUGGGAAGAGAUACUGCUUUUGCGAUAAUCACGGAAGAAACUUUUCACAAGGUGCUUAAGAGUAGUGGUGCAGCAAGAAUUAACAAUUUCAAAGAUAACGAAUGGCCGGUUUUACCAGCGAAUGAAAUUGUUCAACGUGCUCGCGAUUCUCUUGGAAAAGUAGGAUAUAAUGUUCUUACGAACAAUUGUGAGCACUUUGCAACUGGAUGUCGAUAUGGAGACCGCCUGAGUGGUCAAGAAGAAGCUUUUUGGUCAACGGCAACGUUGGGAACAUACGAGAGAAGGUAA